AAAUGUCAACAUCAACACAGCAACGAAAGUUAAUUUUCUAUAAUAUUUAUUAUACAAGACAUAAAGUUCUCACAUAUACGUAUCGCAUUUUAAAAUGGCUGAUGUAGAUGCAGUGACACUGGGAAAAGUAAGCUACUAUCUUCGGGAGAAGUAUAUCCGUCAUGCCCACAAUGCUAUACACGAGGGCCUCAAGAAGUAUGGAAAUGAUCCAGUGCUGCGAUUUUUCAAUGCCUAUGUUUCUAUAUUGGAAGAUCGAAUCCAGGAAGGAAUGCGGGAGCUGGAAUCGAUCAAGGGAAUCCGUGAGGUGAUGCUCUGUUCGAUACUGGCUCUGCAGUAUGCACACAGGCUAUCAACAGCUGUUGACCGUGAAGCACUGGAGGAACUGGAUGCAAGGUUGAAGCAGGAGAGGAGGGGUGCUGGCGAGAAGGCACUCUACUUUGCUGCGCUGUUUCUCUUCCACGUUGACCGCGUGGAUAAGGCACGUGAAUACAUCGACAAGAUGUUGAAGAUCGAUCCAUAUAAUCCAGAGGGCAACUCUCUGAAGGGCUGGAUUGAGCUCGCGUCCGGUAAGGACAUCAAGAAAGCCGGCAAGCACUUCGAGGACUCCCUCAGUGCGUCUCCGCCCGCAAAGAAUCUCGACGGUCUCUUCGGGAAGGCGAGCUACCUCGCGAGCAAGCACAACUACAGUGGCGCCCUCGAGACGCUCAAUCAGCUCGUCGUCGCGUUCCCGCAGUUUGUGCCGACGCUCGUCGAGAAGAUGAAGAUCCAGGUGGCGCUGCAAACGUGGGAGGACGCGAUCGAAACGGCGCACAGAGCUUUGGGUAAAGAGCCACGAUGCAUCGAAGCGAAAAAAUUCCUGCUGGUCUUUCAAAUCGCACGUGAGGGUCAGCUACUGAAUGCAGUGGAAGCGAUCUCAGACCUCAUGCGGGAUAUAGACAUGCUAGAACCAAAGAAUGCUCAGCUGUACUAUGACGUAGGGAAGCUGAUUGCUCGAAUAGUGGGUAGGGACGAGCAGUUGUUGGUGCACACAUACACGUUCAUCGAGCGUGCGGCUCAGCUGGAGAACAUACAUGCGGACUACGUCACCGAGCUCGGUCACCAGUGUCUCCUGCAGGAACGCUACAAGGACGCGCUCAAGUGCUUCCGCAACGCCAUGCGGCUAGACGAGACCAACGUCCAGGCGUUAACCGGUCAGAUCAGAGUGCAGUUGCUUCUGGGACAGGUGGAGGAAGCUCAACAACAGCUCGAGUUUCUGAAAGAGGUGCAAGCAACGAUCGGUAAAUCCGCGGAGCUGAGUUACCUCGGGGCCGUGCUGGCGCUCAAGCAGCGGCGUCCCCACGACGUCAUCGUCCCGCUCUUCAAUGAGGCGAUUGAGGCGCACUUCGCGCAGCUGCGCGGCCUGCCACUAGGCGACACCUACUACUGCAUGCUCAACCCCGACCUACUGAUGUGCAUUGUCAAGGACUACCUGACUCUCGCGCCUGGACAGCCGGCUUCCAGCGGCCAGCCAAUGAUCAGCCCGGUGUUGAAGAAAUGUAGCGCCAUCUUGGAUCCGGUUGUGCGUCUUGCGCCCGGUCUAGUGGAGGGCUUGUACCUGAUGGCCAAGGUCAAAUUUCUCAUCGGUGACGUGGACUUGGCCCAGGCCUCUCUGAACCACUGCCUGGAGCUGGACAACAGAUUUGCCGACGCCCACUUACUCAUGGCGCAGAUCUACCUGCAGAAGGAGGAGUACAGCCUCACGAAUCAGUCGCUGGAGGUCGCUCUUAGUCACAACUUUGCCAUAAGAGAGCAUCCGAUCUACCACCUGAUCAAAGCCAGAGCUCAGAAGAAACUUGGGAACAUCGAGGAGGCAGCUAAGACGUUGAAGACUGCCAUGGGCCUCCCUGGAGUCAAGCUGCAUGGUUCAGGACCGCAAGAGGUUCACCUAAUAGCGAUGCACUCCAAUCCAGUGAACGUGGCUGCUGAUGAGCAAUACUACAUCGAGGCUCGUGAGAAGAUGGCCUACAUCUACCUGCACCACCGCAAGGACAAGCGACUGUACGCGAGCUGCUAUAGGGAGCUGGUGGAGAAGAAUCCGACUCCACAAACAUGCCUGCUGCUCGGUGAUGCCUACAUGAGCAUUCAGGAGCCCGAGAGAGCGAUCGACGUCUACGAGCAAGCCCUGAAGACGAAUCCCCGCGACUCUGCCCUAGCCAGCAAGAUAGGCCAGGCUCUCGUGCAGACUCACAACUACGGCAAGGCGAUCAAUUACUACGAGAAGGCGUUGCAGUCGGGCAACAAGAACUACCUGCGCUACGAUCUCGCUGACCUGCUGCUCAAGCUGCGUCAGUACGAUCGCGCUGAGAGGGAGCUAGAAGCCGCAUUGACACGCGACCAGGGAGGUGAGCGCUCUGCUGCAGUUGAUGGCUUGUUGCUGCUCCCUGUGUUUCCAACACAGCCAUGCUUGACAUUGCCCCGUGUGCUGUUCCUUUGUAGAGUGUUGAACAGAGUUCAGGUGGAGCAGCCGGAUUCUGUCUCGGCCUCAAAGCAGAUGGCGGCCGACAUCUGUGUGGACAUUGCUGAGCACGCCACGACCUCGCGCGACAUGGGCAAAGCCAGCAAGUUCUAUAAGGAGGCGCUCAUCUACAGGGAAGGAGAUAGCAAGAUCAUGCUAGCACUAGCCAAGCUGUAUCUGCAACUCGAGGACCUGGACUCGUGCAUGCAGACGUGUACGACGCUGCUGAAGAGUGACAAGAACAACAACGCGGCCACCGUCAUGAUGGCAGACCUCAUGUUCCGCAAGAACGAGUUUGAGACAUCAACGUUUCACUUUCAACAGCUGUUGGAGAGAAAUCCAGAUCACUACGAAGCGUUGUCGAGGAUGAUUCAGCUGCUGCGCCGGAUCGGAACUCUCGAGGACACGCCGCAUUACCUGAAGCUGGCCGAGCAUCACUCGCCCCGAGCAACCAUCCACCCGGGCUUCAACUACUGCCAGGGGCUCUACUCGUGGUACAGUGGCGAUGCUAACACUGCCCUCAAGCACUUCAACAUGGCUCGCCGCGACUCGGAGUGGGGCGACAAAGCGCUGCAUUGUAUGAUAGAGAUCUGCCUCAAUCCGGACAACAACACGAUUGGUGGAGAGACGUUCGAAGGAGUGGAUGCCGACCUGAGUUCCGGCGAUGCCGACCAGAUGGCGUUGAAAACAGCGUCGAAGCUAAUCCAGGAGUUGAAGCAACAGCCGGGCGACGUUCGACCGCAGAUUCUUCACAAUAAACUACUGAUCGCGACCAAGGACAAAAGCAACGUAGAGAGGGCGCUGCAGUCAUUCAUGCAGAUCUGCUCGGCCGAGGGAUACCGCGACCAGGUUGGUGCGCUGCAUGGCAUGGCGACAGCCUACAUGGUCCUCAAACAGGCACCGAAGGCGCGGAACCAACUGAAGCUCAUCUCGAAGAAGAACUGGACGUUCGAGGAUGCCGAAGACCUGGAGAAAAGCUGGCUGCUGCUCGCCGAUAUCUACAUACAGUCGGGGAAGUAUGAUAUGUCAACUGAGCUCCUGAAACGCUGCGUGCAGCACAACAAGUCCUGCAGCAAGGCUUACGAGUACAUGGGCUACAUCAUGGAGAAGGAGUCUGCAUACAAGGAUGCUGCCAAGAGCUACGAGUUAGCCUGGAAGCACAGCAACAAAAGCAACCCUUCGAUCGGGUACAAGCUGGCAUUCAACUAUCUGAAGGCAAAGAGAUAUGUAGAAGCAAUUGAUGUUUGUAGACACGUCCUGGAGCAACAUCCAACAUACCCUAAGAUACGGAAAGACAUUCUAGAGAAAGCCAGGGCUAACCUGAGAAUCUGAGCAAACCGUAUACCAGUUACAUCGUUGUAUUAUCAGUGGUACCACUCCUUUACUUACUCCAGUACUCCCUUUCCCUAACCAUAGUCCUACAGUGCAGUUCUUUAGCUACUUGCAAUGUCUAUUUGUGAUGUCACCACACUGUACACAUAAUGACCAUACAAUUCUUAAUCCUGAGGCUCUAUAUAUGCAUCCUUUGAUGUUUUUUAAUUGCACUGAGAUUUAAUGUUGAUGUGAUGGCAAUCUCCCCAGCUUAUAUAAAUGGCUGGAUAUAUAUAUAUAUAUAGAUGAUAUUGUUUGACAAGCUGUUGCAGUUUGCAUGUGCGUGUGUGAAUGUUUGUACAUGCGUGCGUGUGUGUUCUCUUCAGUGGAAUAAAGAUAAUGUAUUAAAAUGUAUGCGUAAACUCGCAAAAUUAUGAGCAUGUAUAGAGCAGUCUAUGCAGAUGUUCGUGAUGAGAUGCAUAUAUUAUCCGAGUUCACACGUAGCAAGAAAUCCGGUAUUUAGCGUUCACACGAGGCAAAAUGCGCGGUCCA